GUUGAGUUUUAAAAUGAGGGGCGUUUUCCUCGCUGACGCAAACUUUACGUUUGCUUCCUUCGGCGGAGCGCCAUUUUGGUUCCAGUCCCGGGAUUACAGCAUGCUCUCAUCCAGCAGAUAAUAAUCCGACUUUAUUUUCCUCUCAACUGUUUCUCAGCGUUUCCACACAAUAAUGGGCCGAAAGAAGAAGAAGCAGAUGAAGCCGUGGUGCUGGUAUUGCAAUCGAGACUUUGACGAUGAGAAAAUCCUCAUUCAGCAUCAGAAAGCAAAACAUUUCAAAUGCCACAUCUGCCACAAGAAGCUGUACACCGGCCCCGGCCUGGCCAUCCACUGCAUGCAGGUACACAAGGAGACGAUAGACAGUGUACCGAACGCCAUUCCUGGAAGAACAGACAUCGAGCUGGAAAUCUAUGGCAUGGAGGGAAUCCCAGACAAAGACAUGCAGGAAAGGAGGCGGACAUUAGAGCAGAAAUCACAAGAGAGUCAGAAGAAGAAGUCCAACCAGGAUGACUCCGAUGACGAUGAUGAUGACGAUGAAGCCGGUCCGUCUGUGCAGCAGGUAGCUGCUGUGCAGCCCCAGGCAGGCUAUGUGGCCCCCAUGACCCAGCCUGGAAUCCCACCCGUGGCCGGAGCGCCGGGAAUGCCUCAUGCAGGAUAUCAAGGAAUGCCUCCCAUGAUGCCAGGCGUUCCUCCCAUGAUGCACGGCAUGCCCCCCGCCAUGCCUGGGAUGCCCCCGGCCAUGAUGCCGAUGGGAGGGAUGAUGCCUCCUAUGAUGCCGGGGAUGCCUGCCAUUCCUCCAGGAAUCCCGCCUCACAUGGCUCCAAGGCCGGGGAUGCCCCACAUGGCUCCGGCCCCCACGGCAGGCCCCAUGCCCAGCCGACCCGUAGCGGCGCCGGCGGUUCAGCCGGCCGUCACUAAGCCCCUCUUCCCCAGCGCGGCGCAGGCCCAGCAGAGUCCGUCUGGAGCGGCAGCGUCAAACUCGCUCAGCACGGCCGCCUCCUCAGAACCUCCCAAAGCCACUUUCCCCGCCUACACCCAGCCCUCUGUCUCUUCUUCCACUUCUUCUUCUUCUAAUCCCUCUAGCAGCACUGUGGCUAAACCCCCCGCCACAGUGACCAGUAAGCCCGCCACCCUCACCACCACGAGUGCAACCAGUAAGUUGAUCCACCCUGAUGAGGAUAUCUCGCUGGAGGAGAUGCGGGCUCAGCUGCCCCGUUACCAGCGUCUCAUACCCAGGGCAGGCCAGGCCCACGCUGCUGCCGCUCCUCCGGCUGUGGGCGGCAUCAUGCCCCCCCAGCAGGGUCUGCCGCCGCAGCAGCCGGGCAUGAGGCAUCCCAUGCAUGGUCAGUACGGCGCUCCUCCUCAGGGCAUGCCCGGCUACAUGCCAGGAGGGAUGCCUCCAUAUGGGCAAGGCCCUCCUAUGGUGCCCCCUUACCAAGGAGGCCCGCCCAUGGGUAUGAGACCGCCCGUCAUGUCCCCGGCUGGGCGCUACUGAAGAAGCCAAGCGUCCGCCACAUUAGGUUUGAGGUUAACACCUUUCUCUCAUCCUUUUUCAAACCUAGCUGCUAAUGGAAGAGCAGUAAAGCCGGCAGUGGUGGCGAAGACAAACGGUGUGUUUAAAAAGAUUAGAGAAACCAAGCGACCCGCAUGGACAUUUUAUCCUAACAUGUUUAUUAGGAAACAACCAAACGCCAUCCAUGUCUGACGGCUUUGAUCACAUGUGAGGAGAUGUUCUUUCCCAUAGGUUUCACUCAGGUUCAUUAAGGUGUAAAAAUGAUUUGUUUUUCUUUUGAAGCUGCUGGAGUUUCAUGAACAUACCACCCCCCCUCU